CAAAUAAAUCGGAAGACUUUUCUUCCUCUCUUUUCCUUGACAGCCGUUCUCUCUCUCCUUCUCCGUUCUUUUCCCUGAAUGCGACCCAUUGUUCUGGUUUUGUUUCACUCGUACAAAAUACAAACCUGUCAAAUGGCUCAUCAUCCUUUAAAAUCAUGGUCUUUGUAGCCAAGUCAGGGCUUUUGCCAUUAUUCUUCUUUAUAUUGGAUGUUUUCAGUCAAUCAUGGUUUGCAAUUUGAGUAGCUGUAGAACAAAUUCAUAGGGGGGUUGAGACAUGAGAGCAGGAACCCAUAUCAGGAAACAGAGAUUGUGAUGGAAUUGAACCAUAACGAAAUUUUCAUUCCAUUAGAAAGAUGGCAAAAAGGGAAGAAAACAAAAGACAGAAUAAGAAGCAGGCAGGAUAUGGGUGGGGAAAUGAAAUGAAAUGAAAGGGAGCCAUACAGGUGUCAUUUGGUCAUUAAAUGAGCCAUACCAGGUAGGUGCGGCGGAGGUUAGGAGAGCGAGAAGUCACCUAUCCAACCAUAUACGCUACCCAAUUUGUUUGUCUGUAAAUUCAAAAGAUUCAAUGCAAUGUUAAGCACAGGGUAUCAAGACAUAUGAGGAGGAAUGUGUGUUACAGGAAUGGAGCAGUUGCAGGGGCCCUUGACCCUUCCUCUUUGUCAACUCAUCAUAUAAGCUCUUCAAGCAAUAAGCCGGCAUUAGGAAACAUUCCAGAGUUUGUCAAGAUAGUAGAAGUUGGUCCCAGGGAUGGACUGCAGAAUGAGAAGCAGAUUAUUCCUACUGAUGUAAAGGUUAGGCUCAUAGAAAUGCUUGUUUCGUCCGGACUCACUGUUGUUGAGGCUACAAGUUUUGUCUCGCCCAAAUGGAUUCCACAGCUGGCAGAUGCAAAGGAUGUAAUGGAAGCGAUUCAGAAUAUGGGAGGUGCUAAAUUUCCUGUUUUAACUCCUAAUCUCAAAGGUUUUGAGGCGGCUGUUGCUGCUGGUGCAAAGGAAGUUGCCAUCUUUGCCUCAGCUUCUGAGUCUUUCUCAAAAUCAAAUAUAAAUUGCAGUAUUGAAGACAGUCUCAGACGUUACCGUGAUGUUGCUGUUGCUGCAAAAAAGCUUUCUAUUCCUGUUCGAGGAUAUAUAUCAUGUGUUGUGGGGUGUCCAAUAGAAGGAGCUGUAGCCCCAUCUCAAGUAGCAUAUGUGGCCAAAGAACUUCUUGAUAUGGGUUGCUUUGACAUUUCUCUUGGCGAUACAAUUGGUGUUGGUACUCCAGGUAUCGUCGUUCCAAUGCUUGAAGAGGUUAUUGAUGUGGUCCCCACUGAGAAGCUUGCUGUCCAUUUCCACGACACUUAUGGCCAAGCUCUUUCAAAUAUACUAGUAUCUCUUCAGAUGGGCAUCAGCACAGUGGAUUCAUCAGUCUCUGGUCUUGGGGGUUGUCCAUAUGCUAAAGGUGCUUCUGGCAAUGUUGCCACCGAGGAUGUUGUGUACAUGCUUAAUGGACUUGGAGUGAAGACCAACAUAGAUCUUCAAAAGCUCAUGUUGGCUGGGGACUUUAUCUGCAAGCACUUGGGGCGCUCAUCUGGUUCAAAGACAGCGGUUGCCCUGACUAAAGCUCACAGCUCAUGCCUUUAAGCUAUAAGGUUCCCACAGUAUCUGUUAGCUCCCUGUAUUCGUUAUGCAAGUAUGAGUAGAGCUCCAAUUUGUUGGAAAUGACGAGCUAAUUGGUGGGCCAAAUAACUCUCAGGUGCACUGGCUGAAAUCCAGUGGGGUGAUAAAGUUUAAGGUGUUCUGGUAAUGGGCGACGUCAAAUGUACAUUGGUACAGAGAGAGUUGAUUCUGUAAGAUUGAACGCAAAUCCACAGACCAUCAAUUGUCGAAACACAAAUAGGAAAGAGUCUCACUCCUACUGUCCUUAAAACGAGGAACUAAGAACCACUUUGCUAAAAGCCACCUGUUGUUAAACAGGACUCGGGUCGUCUAUCUGCUUAAAAUAAAUUUCAUUUAGUUAAUUUAA